CCGGCCUGGGUAACAAGAGCGAAACUCCAUCUCAAAAAAAAAAAAACAAAAAAUGAACCUAGUUCACAAAACAGAAGCCAUCUCCAGGAGUAGAGUUUGGGAAAACAAAAAACAAGAAAAUACUAACUUAAAUGUAAGGCAGCCUUAGGGAGACAGAGCCAGAAAAGAGGCUUUUUAUACAUUUUCUAGCUGAUAUGCCGUAGACAUUAUUUUAAUGCAAAUCAGAUGAAGAACUACCCUAGCAGUCUAAACUACACCCAUUAGCCUUUAAUCAUUUGGAUCCUUUAAUCCUCUAAUCAUUGGAUCAUUAACAUUCAAAUAUCCUGGAAGAUUGGCUUGUCUGCUUUUUAACAGGAAGCCUAACGUAUAUUUCACGUCGGUUUAAGUCGGUUCUGCCACCAUUCCUUGGAGCUCUGGUUUUCAGCUUCUUUCCAGGCUACCUUGUAGCAAUUUGAAUUUGCCGGUCAUCAGUUUCUGCUGUGUUUCAAAGAUCCGGGAGAAGCUUAGUGUUGUGUCAAGACGAAAAUGGACCCAACACAGAAGUUUAAUCUAACCUUCAUCCCCGAGUCUUCACAAAUGGUCACCGGAGAAACUUACCAGGACGACUCAGGGGCCUCUCAAAACUUCUCAGAGACAUUGAUAAAGAACCUUAGUAAGCUGACUCUCAACGCCAGUACUGAAUUCCCUUCCCCUCUACCAGAGGGUUCACUCCAGCAGUCUGCAGGAGCAGCAAUCCUCAGGGAAAUCGGAGAUGACUUGCCUUACAGGAGGAGAGGAGUAAGAACAUUGCUGUCUGUGAAGAGAGAAAGGCUGGCAAGAUUGAGAUACAUGUUACUUGGUAGAGGUCCCAGGCAGCCUGAAAGACCGCUGAUGAACACUGGGCUUAAGGGAGUUAAGCAGCCUGAAAGAACACUAAAGAACACUGUGCUUAAGGGAAUGAAGAAUGCAUCAAGAAGAGGAAUGUUCAAAUGUCCCUGCAGUUUCUGCAAGUCUAGCGGAUGGGAUCCUUCUGAGAAUGCCAGAAUGGGGAAUUACGACACCAAGCCACUUCAGCCAUAAACCUUAUUCUUGCCCCUUUUUUUUCUUGCUGGUAAUUUUUUAUAGCAGACCGAGAAAGCUACUCUCUGCUCAUAUGGAUUAUAUAUCAAUAAUUUUGAUAAACGAGUUCAAGGUUGUAUUUUUCUUGUAUCUUUUUCCCUACUAUGAUGCUAGUAAUUUAUAAGGGAUCUGUGUAGUUUGAAUAUAUUUGGAUAACUUUA